UUCAGUUUAAUAUCUCUAAAUGCAGUUAAGAUGAAAUAUAGCCAGCCAAAGCUUGAACUGUAUAGUCUAUACAGAGCACUGAAGAAAACUGCUAUAUGGAUCAUUGGAGUAAAGAAUCUUGUUAUAGAGGUUGAUGCCACUGCCAUCAAGAGAAUAAUCAACAAUCUAGAUAUAAAUCCAAGCAUAGUGAUUAAUCACUGA